GAGUAUUUCCGCCCUAAGGAAAUCUUAUCCUUGAGUAAUUUUAGAACUUAAAAAAAAAAUCUGUUAUUUUGUAAACAAAACUCUGGCACUGAGAGAAUAAUCAGGCAACAAUUACGAAUUUUAGAUGAACCUCGUAGCCAGUCCCACAUGCUUUCAGAGAAGAGAGCGCAUUCUAAAGUCGACCUGGCCGCACAAUGUUCUAAUCCAGCGGCAGCUCAGAAAAAUGGCCACGUAAAAACAUAAUUUUAACAGGCGCUGCGCAAGUACACAAGGUUCGGUUAGCUUACUGAAUGAACGUAAACAAACAUUAGAAUAUGCCACAGCGGCAAGCGACGCAGCAUUUGGAAGCUGGAAUGUGUGACGUGAACGGCAAGCAGUCAGAUUAGGAUCGUUCCGCUCCGGACGCAGUUGUUCCAGUGUCGCCACCAUGGAUGAGAAACUUAAGUAUUCGCUGUUGCGCGGGGAGCUGGUGGACACACAGAGUAUAUGGACCAGGCACGAGAAGCGCGUGUGGUUUAUCACCCUGAUAACGGGCACCUGCAUGCUGUAUUCCACCCGCACAACCAUGCCGCUGCUGGUGCCGGCUGUCGCCUCCGCUCAAAAGUGGACAAAAACCGACUCUGGCACUGUGCUCAGCUCCUUUUUCUGGGGCUACACCCUGACGCAGGUGGUGGGCGGCUAUUUCAGCGAUAGAUUUGGCGGGCAGCGUGUCAUAUUGUGCGCGGCCGUCGGCUGGUCGCUCAUCACAUUCCUGAUGCCCACAAUUAUCUGGUCUGCCGGUUCCAUCAAGAGCUAUGCCAUUCCCUUCAUCGUGGCCAUUCGCAUUCUGAACGGCGCCCUCCAGGGUGUCCACUUUCCCAGCAUGAUUAGCCUAACCAGUCAGAACCUCUGCCCCAACGAGCGCAGCAGCUUCUUUGGGCUGCUCACAGCCGGCUCCGCCUUGGGCACUCUGCUCACGGGAAUUAUGGGCUCGUUCCUGCUUGACUACUUUGGCUGGUCGUAUGUCUUCCGGGUUAUCGGCCUGAUGGGCGUCGCCUGGGCCCUUGUCCUACGUUACUACGCCAUGGCUGGUGAGCGGAAUAGGAUCAUCAACAUUGCCACGCCAUCUCGCCUGUGCGCAAACAAAAGUCCUGUGGAGACGACAGCCGUGCCUUGGCUGCGCUACUUCAGCCGUCUGUCCUUCUGGGCCUGUGUCCUGACGCACGCCUGCGAGAUGAACUGCUUUUUUGUGCUGCUCUCGUGGCUGCCAACGUACUUCCACGACGGUUUCCCACACGCCAAAGGCUGGGUGGUCAACAUGAUUCCGUGGCUGGCCCUGCCGCCGUGCACACUCUUUGCCAAGUAUUUGACCACGAAGCUACUCGCCCGCGAAUGGCACACAACGACGGUGCGCAAGCUCAUCCAGAGCUGCUGCUUUGCGGCCCAGAAUCUAGCCUUGUUUGUGAUGAGCCGCACCUCGGACUUCCAUACGGCCCUCAUUUGCAUGACCAUCAUCAUCGGUGGGACGGGCUUCCACAACAAUGCAGUGACGGUUAAUCCCCAGGACCUGGCCCCCAUGCACUCGGGCAGCGUCUUUGGGCUAAUGAACACGGUGGGCGCGAUUCCUGGCUUCCUUGGCGUUUAUCUCGCCGGCCACAUUCUGGAGCUCACCCAGAGCUGGCCGAUGGUCUUCAGCGCGGCGGCGGGCAUCAAUCUAGUGGGUUGGAUAAUAUUUAUGGUCUUCGGCUCAGCGGAGGCCAUUGUUUAACAUUCUCUCGGACAUAUUCCUAAACUUUUGGAAAUAAUCUUAUUUAUUUACGUUUAUGUACGUGAGACUAGGUCCUUUGCAAAAAAUUAAAUUACUAUUUAGUUGACGAGCGAUUAACUGUCGUGAAGAGAAUCGAAGCCGAAUAUAUUGUACUUCGGAGUACUACCCUGCGAUGCCUCGCUAUCAGAUAGAAUCAAAUGUUUCGACUCAUUCGGUAUAUAUUAAUGUAUAUAUUUAGGACAUAGGUUUAAGUAGCAAAAUCUUACUACUCCUAGCGUGAUCAAAUAAAAAUGUUUAACUCCA